UCGGAGUCUCCACUUAUGACAAUGCAUGUAAACUCCUAGAGCGGAGAGCUCUUUUCUCUCUUUUCCUUACUGCAGUAGAUUGGCCUGCUUUCUGUUCCUUUUUCCUCUGCUCGUUUGCGAAUCAAGCAUUGUCGAUGGCAAUGUGCCAAAUGGAUGAUGCUUCUUGCUGAAGGCGUCGGCCAGUGUACCUGCAUGUUCAGACAAAACUGCCCAAGUGUCGUGCGACUCAAGCCCACUUGAAUCAAUUGACCAUUAAAGGCAUCCACAAUAGACCAAAAUGGAUUACGAUGGCGACCAAAGGCUUCAAAAGUAUGUCCAGACGCUGGCCAAACGGCUUCAGCCUGAUUUCGAGCAAAUUGUGGACCCCAUCGAGCGAAUCAAAUUAGUGUGUCUUCAGCCGGAAUCCGGUGAGCAGUUGAUGUCCAAUAUUGUGCCGGUGCCAGCCUCUCCUAAGCCUAAGCGAUCGUCCAAGAUAUUCACGGGGGAGCAAACCAAUUUGGUCGAGCCAUCUCCAUACCUAUUCAAUUGGCCUCAGAAGAACGAGGACCUGGCCAAGCGGAAUCGAGAAGAUGGCAAUAAGGCUUUUCAAGCGGCAAAUUUUGAUUUGGCCCUUCUCCUCUAUUCCGAGGCCAUGCGUUUUGGACCGGUCCACGAGCUCACUUUGGAAGGCGAGGAUUUUGCCGUGGCCGCUUCUAAUCGAUCGGCCACCUUUUAUCAGUUGAGACAAUUCGAGCGUUGUCUCGAUGACAUCGAAUUGGCUCUCGAGGCUGGUUACCCGACCUCGCUGCUUUACAAACUGUUCAUCAGACAAUGCAAAUGCUUGCUAGAAUUGGGCAAAAUUGGGGAAGCUCAGGCGGCCUUUGACAAGGCGGUGGAUGCUAUUGAUCGCUCAGGCUUGAAAAAGGACCUCCGUAAGGGCAUUGCUGCCGAACUGCAAGGAGCCUUCAUUAAUCUUGCCAAGACUGUCAAAGAAGAUGACGAAGCUACGCAAGCCUCGCCGCUGAAUAAAGAACCAGGAAUAAUGAGCUCGAGCGGGAAACAUGAUGACACAGACAACGACGACGGGCCGUCAUCGGGUUUCACUCUUCCCCCUUGGACCCAAAUCAUGUCUCGUCACCCUAAUUACCCGUCCGCAUCCGAAGCCAUCUCCAUCAAUUUUUCUGACACCUUUGGGAGACAUGUCGUGGCUCGAAGAGACAUCCAAGUGGGAGAAGUGCUCUUUCGAGAGGAUCCCAUUGUGUGGUACCAUUGCCCAGAGGACGACGUGACUCAAGAGUCCUGUCAUCACUGCUUCCGAUUUCUCUCAUUCCCGGGCAUUCCAUGUCCCACUUGCAGCAAGGUUGUGUUCUGUACUGUCAAAUGUCGACGCCAGGCCUUGGAAAGCUAUCAUCGUUACGAAUGCCGUUUGGAGCCGCUAAUGUCCUCCACAGGAUUGCCCAAAGUCUCCCUGAUUACCUUGGCUCUCCGCGCCGUGGUUCAAAAGCCUGUGGAAUUCUUUCUCGAAAAUAGAGACAAAUUCAAGGAGCAUAAUGUCCUUAACGGCGUUGCCCAAGAUCCAGAUAAUGGAGAUGAGGGAAACGCAGCUGGAGCUGGAGACGACCAGCGGUUCUUGUCUGGGGAUUAUCGAAAUUUGUUCAAUCUAGUCAACCACAACGACUCUCGGUCUCCCCUCGACACCACGUCAAAAACAGUUUUUGCGGCCUUCUUCUUGCAAGCCCUCAAGGCCACCAAGUAUUUCGUCCCUAAGAAGCCGAGCGUGAAAGUGACACGGGAAGAUGAAUAUUUCAUUGGCCACCUGCUUCUCCAUUUCAUCGAGUGCUUCCAAUUCAACACCCACCGUAUCGACAGCAUUUACCUGAACCGACUCAUCGGGCACGAUGCCGAAACACGGAUGUGGAAGGAUGCCAAUCAAUUUUGUAUUGGAGAAUUCGUCGAGACCGUCGGCUUAGGGGCCGGAAUAUACCCGACCUUGGCCAAUGUGAAUCACUCGUGUGAUCCAAACAUUAUUCUCGUCAAUAUGGGGCUCCGAACAGUGGCCAUUGCCAAUCGACCUAUCACGGCUGGAGAGCAAAUCUUUGACACAUACGGGUGUCUAUUUUCGUACAUGCCCACGGCGGAUCGUCAAAUCACUCUUAAGAACUCUCAUUGGUUUGAGUGCGGGUGCAACCCUUGCUUGGAAAACUGGCCAAUUUAUGAGAAAAUUCCCCGAGAUUAUCUUAAGCUCCCUGGGACAUCAUUCAAAUACAAACGGUGUAACAGGAAAGAGCUCCAGAAAGACGUGGACAAACUCAAGAAGAAGAUUCGAAACAAGAUACAAGAGGGCAAUCUAGAGGCUGCUAGAGCCUUGUUUAACCAAUUGGCUCAAUUAUUGGACGAGUUGGUGCUACCUCCACACCAGGAUCUUGUGAAUAUUCAAAGAGGAAUGAAGACUUGCAUUUGGCUCCAAUCACCGAAUUGUGUGAAAGUCAAAGAAGACGAACUUCUGAAGAAACGAAAGGAACAAUAUCACGCCAAACAGAAAUGAUCCACAUUGUGUUCCUCUUUUCAUCCCAGAUGGAGCACUUUCAGAGUAUCCCACCAAUGCGAAAAAAGGCCAUACUCAACCGCCCCCUAUUGACGAAAGCAUGAAGCAAGGCUUUUCAGAUUGAACCCAUGUCGGAUUUUUUUGCGAUUUAUUUUAAGACAAAAUUGAGUAAUAAACUUCGUAAAUCAAAGUCCUUAAUCAAAAGAGAUACACCGAAGUUUGACAGACCACCAUUAGUACAGAUAACGAUGUGGUAAUACUUGGAGCGGCGUUUUCCGGUUCGCUUUCACUCUCGGCCACGACAUUUGUUUCUUUGUCAAAGAAGAGGUUGCCAAAAUCCACUCCGAAUUGCCGACACCAGACCGAAAUCCAACGAAGAUCAGAGGUCCUCACGUCAGACGGUAAUUCCAAGUUAAUGGUCUGCCCGGUGUACUCGCCCAAAAUUGCAUCAGAGCCUUUAGGAUAGGGAAUCCGAACUCCUGAGUCGAUGGGUUGGCCGCGGGUUCCCACGUAGAAAUAGGCAUCCGGACCCCGGCCAUCGUAUUGGAAAUUCUCGAUCACGAUCUUGUCGUCCCCAUCGAAAUAGACCUUGCCUUUUACACCAUGUUGAAUGGUGUUGAACUCGCCGACUUGCUGUUUUUCGGCCAGGACGUCAAACACACAGAGAACAAGAGGCAGGGCCAAUACGAAAAGCACUUUAAAAGACAGAUCCAUUAUUUGUUGCAGAAUUCGUGAUCUCCAGACUUGUGCUGAAAA